ACUCCAAUCAAUCGCCAUUGCUCAAAUAACGAGCCCUGCUCCACGGCGACAUUCUUUCUAUCCACGCGGGAACUGCUUGUCGUCCCUCGUUGUCAUCAUCAUCCCCAGGCCCACCUUCCCAGUCCACUGUCCUUAAAAUCUUCCUACCUUUUCUCAUUAAUUGUUGUCCCGUCCCUCUCUCUCGCAAAGCAAAAAAAUAAGCAAAUUGCCUUCCGGAUCGGCUUCCAAAAUUUACUGUGAAGCUUUUCCAGAUCCAGCAAUCCAACUGGGUGUUGGAUUUUUUUAUAUAUCAGGGUUUAAGCUCCUCCUUCUCUUUCAAAUCCAAUCUACAUUCCUACGAUUUAGACAGAUACUUGUAUUUCAUUCUUCUGGGUUUGAUUUUUAUAUUCCCUGUGAUAUUUGAGGCAAUGAAGAGUCCGGUGAGGUUUAAGUUGGGGAAACAGUCGUCCCUGGCGCCGGAUGGGCAUCUCGAAGAUUUGGAGGAGCUGGUCAAGCAGCACCAAACUGAGGAGGGGAUAGAUUCGAGGGUGAGGUUGAUGUAUUUGGCCAAUGAAGGUGAUUUGGAAGGGAUUAAUGAACUGUUGGAUUCGGGAGUCGAUGUCAAUUUCCAUGAUAUCGAUAACCGGACGGCUCUGCAUAUUGCUGCUUGCCAGGGAUUCGCCGACGUCGUCGCUUUGUUGCUCGAACGUGGCGCUGAAGUCGACUCCAAAGAUCGCUGGGGGAGCACGCCUCUUAGGGAUGCCGUGCAUUACAAGAACCACGAUGUGAUCAAACUUCUGGAGAAGCAUGGUGCAAAGCCUCCGGUGGCUCCCAUGCUCGUGAAGAAUGCCCGUGAAGUGCCAGAUUAUGAAAUUGAUCCUAAGGAGCUUGAUUUUACUAACAGUGUGAACAUUACCAAGGGAACAUUUCGCAAAGCAUCUUGGCGUGGAACUGAGGUUGCUGUGAAAGAGCUUGGAGAAGAUCUAUUCACUGAUGAGGAUAAAGUGAGGGCUUUCAGAGACGAGCUUGCAUUGCUUCAGAAAAUACGACACCCCAAUGUUGUUCAGUUUCUAGGUGCUGUUACUCAAAGUUGGCCGAUGAUGAUAGUUACAGAAUAUUUGCCAAAGGGAGAUCUUGCAGCAUUAUUGGGCAGAAAAGGAACACUAAAAACUAUGACCGUUGUGAGACUUGCCCUUCAUAUUGCAAGGGGGAUGAACUAUUUGCAUGAGAACAAGCCAGCACCAAUUAUCCAUCGUGAUCUUGAGCCUUCAAAUAUUCUGAGGGAUGAUUCUGGCCACUUGAAAGUAGCAGACUUUGGAGUUAGCAAGUUAUUGACGGUUAAAGAAGAUAAACCUUUGACCUGUUCAGAGACUUCACGGAGAUAUGAAGCUCCGGAGGUUUUCAAAAAUGAAGAAUAUGAUACAAAGGUUGACGUAUUUUCGUUUGCUUUGAUUUUACAAGAGAUGAUUGAAGGCUGUCCUCCAUUUCCCGACAAGCGAGAUAGUGAAGUUCCUAAAUUGUAUGCAGCAGGUGAACGUCCACCAUUUAAAGCACCACUUAAACGUUAUGCAAAUGGACUAAAAGAGCUAAUUGAAGAAUGCUGGAAUGAGAAGCCAACUAAAAGACCUACUUUUAGGCAGAUAAUAACCCAGCUGGAAUUCAUUUACAAUAGAUUCGGUCAUAAGAGGCGCUGGAAGGUCAGGCCAUUGAAAUUCUUCCAGAAUAUUGAGGCGAUGUUGAAGAAAGAUCGUUCCCGUCAAAACAGUUUGAAUCUAUCAACACAUUCUUCUGCCAGCAGUAUAUGAUUUGUCAGAUUUUGGUCCAAUAUUGUGUUUACCUUCCCAGCUUCGUGUGAUGAAACGUGUUUCACAGAACUAACUUUCUGACACUCAUAAUUCUACAAUUGUCAUUGAUUUUAGAAUUCGUGAGAGUUUGGGAUGAGAAACACCUGCACCAUUGUUGAUUAAAUACCGCCUUUAAAUCUGUGAUAAAUUCAGGAUUGUUAGACCCAAAUCUUCAAUGUUACUUUGAAAUGCAAGAUCUUAACUAUCUAACACCUUUGAUCUUGUCGGAUUGGAGGCCCUCUUUGGGCUUGUUUUUAACUAUCUUUCACAUUUGAUUUACAAUUCUAGUUUCUCCGGGACAUCCUUCUCUUGGGCUUGUUUUUAAGUUUGUUGAUAAAAAGAAGAUCGCACCCUUCUUCUAAAAUCUCUUAUUUUCAGGAAAUGUGUGGAUGGAUAUGAAGAUGAUGACAAAGAAUUCGGCAAAUUCCAAGUUUGGACCUUAAUAUUGUGAUAGUUGAACAACAAAGAUAGGAAUUCCAUUUCGUUGACUGUUUACCCGUUUAUGUGCAGAUUCAGGAGAUACCAGCACUAAGUAUAUCAGCUACCAACUUGGAAAGGGUUUGACAAACAGCUAUAGACAUAAGUGGCAGGAAAGUACCAACUUGUAAGUUUCAGUUUCAAAUUUGAUCCUGUUGGUAAAAAGAACCAACUUGCUGGCAUGAGAAGCAACUAUUUUUUGGCUGCAAAUCUUCCAACCAUACUUGGGGAUUGAAUUUGAAGUUGGUGAGUUGAUUGCUAAUAGCUCGUUUUAGCAAAUUGGAAAAAAAAAACCCCAAUUCUCUCAGAUUGAAAACACUGGUUGCUGUAUCUUAAGAACAUCCAUUCCUUAAAAUCUCCAUUUCCGGGGCAAUCAACAGUAUCAAAUCCACAUGGGAAAUCAGAUCUUCUGGUUAGUUUGUUCAUCACACGUCCUUGAGAAAUUCGUUCUAUAUGAUUACAAGUCCAGCCAGAAAUGCCUUUUUUUAUUAUUGUUAUCUUUGUUUCCAUUUUGAUGCCGCUGUUUGGUCACCAUCAUGUGUGAAUGUGAAGAAUUGCCUGAACUCUGCCUGGAAAAUUAGAAUUGUAAAGAAAGCAACUUCUAGUAAUAUCAUGUUAUUGCUUUCUUUUAAUUGAACCUAUUUUUGGCCACCUUCAAGAAGACACCCUUAAAGAGAGACAGCUCAAAUCUCAUCAAACAGACUGAAACACACUAUGAGAGACAAGAAAAUAUUGAUCUCACUUUCCAGACGAAUAUUCAACAUUGUGAAAACAAUCAUUCUCUUUGUCAAAAACAAGAAAAAUAUGAAGAUCUGCAAUUUUCUAAACAUUUGGUCAGAGUUUUCUAUGGUUCGUCCCAAGCCCUAAGAUUCAAUAGACAGCCUCGACAUUCACUUGCGUCCUUAAACGGCUUGCGAGAGGAAAGACAAGUCUCAAUAACAAAUUCUUUCCGCAUGUGUUGUCCUCACUCAUAUUCUACCUAUAAUUUUUUUCAAGAGGUCCAGACGUAAGGUUCUUAAAGCAAAACAGAAAGGUACCCCUCUUACUAUUAUGUGUUUUAAGUCAUUCUCAACUAUAUUUGCAUAUCUUCAAGUGCUUUUUCUUAUAGAUGUAGUCUUGAUUUAUUCAUGUAUCUUUUUUUUACUUACACGGUUACACAUAAUCACUGAAAUUAAAGCCUUUAGCAAAAAGGUGAGCAGUGUAUAUAUGCUUUUAAAGCAAUCCAUUAUCAAAGGUUCACCACAUGCUUUCUUUGAAACAUAUUCUCAUUAAGGUAUAAAAACACAGCAAUUUUAUGUUCCUUUUGCAAAGGAGAUCUGCAAAAUGUUCAGGUAUAGAGCUCAGCAUGGUGGAAAGGAAAAGCUUUGCAGAAAAAAAAAGUAUGUCAGUAAAGCUGAGUUGCCUUCUGUCCAAAACUGCAAUAACUGAAGAGCUUUAGCAACUCAGCCAAUUUCAUCUCUACAAGUUGGUUCAAUUUUCCCUUACUCUCUUACUCUGUCUAAAUUAUUGCUUUGUUUAUACACUUCUCUACCCCUUCUCCCACUCAAUUUCUAUUAAUGGAGUUUCAUUGAAGUUGCACAUAAAAUGAGGAAGAACAGAAUCCCAAGUUCAUAAGUUGAAUGUCAAUUGCCAUACUUGGUUUCAUACUUCAUUCACAAAGCUUGGAAAUUGAGGUACCUCAAAGUGGAGCGAGAUCGAAGCAACUAAUGUCUUUGAGUCAAAUUUAUUAGCAAAAAAAAAAAAAAAA